UGAUACUUGAUAGUAAAGUGGUGUUUAUGACCAGUGACUACACGGAUUUUACCGAUUUCAGCAUUCACUAUUAUAUUAUUUAUUUAUUUAAUAUUCGUGUGUCAUCAAAAGGAAAUAUUCAAAUCGUUCGGUAGUGGUGUCCUACUAAUGUAAUUGUAUUUGUUAAAAGUUCACUCACUCAGUCACCGCAGAAAAAUGGUGGUUUACAAGGCAAUCAAAUGUUUGGCAGACGAUUGGGCUCUUACGAAUUGUGCAGUGGUUAAUGAUGAAGACUUUCGAAGCGAUACAAAAUACAUAGAGGUCCAACAUCAACUCAAACCAGAUCUUAAGUUUUGGUUUACAAUAUUGUUUGUGAAAAAUCCUCCUCCACGAGGAUGCAUAGCUUUUUCUGUGAAUCAACGAGAAUGGGCCCAACUGUCUAUCAAUCAGCCAAUCAGUAUUACUUCUUAUCCGGGCAAUACAGCUAUCGAUUUUUUGUGUUCAGUUGAAGCUGAAAUUGACUAUUUUCAAAAGAAUAAGUCAAAAGCUAAUGAACAGUUUGAUACUGACAUGAUGGCUAAAGAGUUUUUAGUAAAUUUCACAAAUCACGUUUUAUCUGUCAGUCAGACAUUAUUAUUUCAGUUACCAGAAAAACCAUUAAUGACAAUUAAGAUCAAAAGCAUUGAAGGUGUAAAUUCUCAAGAAAUUAAUUCAGGAGCAAAACCCCGGUCUAUUCAAUAUGGGAAAUGUUUGAGCAAUACAGCUGUACGAUUUGUAGUCGGCUCCAAUACUUCAUUAAUGUUGGUCGGAAAGUCAAAAUGCCAACAAGCACGUGUAUCAAUUAUAAAUCCAGAUUUUGACUUCAAUAAAAUGGGAAUUGGUGGUUUGGAUACAGAGUUUAAUGCUAUUUUUAGAAGAGCAUUUGCAUCUAGAGUAUUUCCACAAGAGAUAAUUGAACAACUUGGGUGCAAACACGUCAAAGGUAUUUUGCUUUAUGGUCCACCUGGAACUGGUAAAACAUUGAUGGCUAGACAAAUUGGACAAAUGUUAAAUGCACGUGAACCCAAAAUUGUUAAUGGCCCGCAAAUUUUGGAUAAAUAUGUUGGUGAAUCUGAAGCAAAUAUAAGAAGGUUAUUCGCAGAUGCUGAAGAAGAAGAAAAGAAAUCUGGUUCAGCUAGUGGCUUACAUAUAAUUAUCUUUGAUGAAAUUGAUGCUAUUUGUAAAGCAAGAGGUUCUGUUGGAGGAAAUACAGGAGUACACGACACUGUAGUUAAUCAAUUGUUAGCUAAAAUUGAUGGAGUCGAGCAACUAAAUAACAUCUUAGUUAUAGGUAUGACUAAUAGAAGAGACAUGAUUGAUGAAGCGUUACUGAGACCUGGCCGACUUGAAGUACAAAUGGAAAUAAGUUUACCUGAUGAACAUGGUCGUCAUCAAAUUUUGAAUAUCCACACAACACGUAUGAAAGAAUUUAAAAAGAUUGCUGAUGAUGUAGACAUGAAGGAACUUUCAAUACGAACUAAAAACUUCAGUGGUGCCGAGUUGGAAGGUUUAGUUCGUGCUGCUCAAUCAACAGCCAUGAAUCGUUUGAUAAAAGCCAAUAAUAAGGUAGAAGUUGAUCCUGAUGCAUCUGAAAAACUUCAAGUGUGCAAGGAAGAUUUUCUACAUGCAUUGGAAUAUGAUAUAAAACCCGCGUUUGGUGCUAGUGCUGAAGCUUUGGAACACUUCUUAGCUCGUGGUAUUAUAACUUGGGGUCCGUCUGUCAGUGGAAUUUUAGAAGAUGGAACAUUGCUUACACAGCAAGCUCGUGUAGCUGAUACAUUUGGCCUUGUCUCUGUACUCAUUGAAGGACCGCCAAAUUCAGGAAAAACUGCUCUAGCUGCAAAGUUGGCUAAAGAUUCAGAUUUCCCCUUUGUCAAAGUGUGUUCACCAGAAGAUAUGGUUGGAUUCACAGAAACAGCAAAAUGCUUACAAAUCAGAAAAAUCUUUGAUGAUGCAUACAGAUCUCAACUUAGUUGUAUUUUAGUUGAUAAUAUUGAACGUUUAUUAGACUAUGGGUCAAUUGGACCAAGAUAUUCUAACUUAACAUUACAAGCUCUAUUGGUUCUGUUAAAAAAACAACCCCCUAAAGGUAAAAAGCUUUUAGUAUUGUGUACCAGCAGUCGUAAACAAGUACUAGAAGAAAUGGAGAUGUUAUCUGCAUUUACUGCUGUACUUCAUGUCCCUAAUCUCAGUCAACCAGAAGAACUUAUUACGGUUCUAGAACAAUUUGAUUUGUUUACAAAACAAGAUAUCCACAAGAUAUACAACCAAAUAUCUGGACACAAUGUUUUUAUUGGUAUAAAAAAGCUGUUGGCUUUGAUUGAUAUGGCCCGUCAAACAGAUCCAAAAGUAAGAGUGAUUAAAUUCUUAACUAAGAUGGAAGAAGAAGGUUGUCUAGAUUUAGGUACUAUGAUACAUUAGAUAUUUUAUUUACUGUUCUUUUUAAUUAAUUAAUCAAUUAUUCAGUAAAUUGUUUUGAAAAAAUAAUUAUGAAAACAUUCCGAAAUUAGUUAAGAGUCAACGGAUGGGCUUUAUUAUUGUUUUAAAUCAAAGUCAAGUAUUAUUCCAAUUUUGAUAUUUUUCUUUGCUUUUGUUCAUAUUAAAAUAUUAUUUAAUCUUAUCUUAAUAUUACAAUGUUUUCAAUAUUCGUCCAUUUAAUUGUUAUACAUUAUUGUUAAUAAUAUGUUAAAUUAUAUCAUUAAUUUUUGUUUUGAAA